AGGCAGGGUGGGUUCAGUGGCACCAGUGGCUUUAUACUUGCGUUACUAACCUGGACUCAAAACCUAACUCUAUUCCCUUCCCUCCCCUUCACCCACCUCAAGAGACACCAAACCAACGCCAAACUAAGCAAUGCCUAUUUAAACUUACGCAGAGAGAGAGAGAGAGAGCGCGGCUGAGUGUGUUUGCGAGAAAACAGAGAGAGAGAUUCACCUACCUCUCCUCUCUCUCUUGUUAGGUUUUCCCUUUUGGGAUUUUCAGAUUUUCAUUUCCUUUCUCGCAGCCCUUUCUCUUUCGUUUUCAUCGCCUCCUUUUCUAAUCAGAACAAAACCCAAAUUUGGUAGCCACCCAAUUUUUUCGAUUUUUAAUAAAUAAUUUUUUAUAAAUAAUUUUUUAUAGUCUCCGCUCUUUGUUCCUUCCCCAUACCCAUCUAUUAAAAAUGGAUUCUUUGAAGACCCAUUUGCCCAAAAUCGAACCUUUGCCUCUCAUGCACUGUGAAUCCGCUUGAAAACGUGAAAAGAAAUGGACUUGGCUGUCCACUAAACCCUAGAAGAAAGCGUAUUCAUUAGGUUCUGAUCAAUGGGUAGGAAGCAAAUUCAACUUUUCGAUGAUAAGAGUGAUGGGUUUUUCUCUGUUUGCAAUUUGGGAUUUCAAUGGAGCCCCCAAGAGGGGGCUUAUCAUCCUGGAGGCUUAUUUGCUAGCGUUAGCCAAGUGGGAAUGGGGUUUGGUGUCUCAGCAGACCCUCCGAAUCCACGCGGGAAUGGCGGGGUGAAGCUUCCAUAUGCCGACCUGUACAUGAAGUAUGUGGAGGGCAUUAAGAAUUUUGGGCUUCAGGAAGAGAAGGGAGAGGUGAAGAAGAAGAAAGGUGGUCUUAAAUUGAAAGUUAAGAUUGCAAACCCUUCACUUAGGAGGUUGAUAAGUGGUGCAAUAGCUGGGGCGGUGUCACGGACAGCUGUGGCGCCAUUAGAGACCAUAAGGACGCAUUUGAUGGUUGGGAGUAGUGGGAAUUCUACUACUGAGGUGUUCAACAAUAUAAUGAAGACUGAUGGGUGGAAGGGACUGUUUAGGGGAAAUCUUGUCAAUGUUAUUCGGGUUGCACCGAGCAAGGCAAUAGAGCUGUUUGCUUAUGAUACGGUUAACAAGCGCUUGUCACCGAAACCUGGAGAGCAGCCCAAACUUCCAAUUCCUGCCUCGUUAAUUGCAGGUGCCUGUGCUGGAGUAAGCUCGACAAUUUGCACGUACCCCCUGGAGUUACUGAAGACCCGGUUAACCAUUCAGAGGGGCGUUUAUGAUGGCCUUCUUGAUGCAUUCUUAAAAAUAGUGCGAGAAGAGGGACCUGGAGAACUCUACAGAGGUCUUGCCCCUAGUCUUAUUGGAGUAAUUCCAUAUGCUGCCACCAAUUACUUUGCUUAUGACACAUUGCGGAAAGCGUAUCGCAAGUUUCUCAAGCAGGAGAAUAUUGGCAACAUUGAAACCCUUUUAAUUGGAUCAGCAGCCGGUGCUAUUUCAAGUACUGCAACUUUCCCACUCGAGGUGGCACGCAAACAUAUGCAGGUGGGAGCCCUGGGUGGAAGGCAGUAUAUGAAUGUGCUUCACGCCCUCGCAAGCAUACUUGAACAUGAAGGGGUUCAGGGUUUAUACAGAGGGCUAGGGCCUAGCUGCAUGAAGUUGGUGCCUGCAGCAGGGAUUUCUUUCAUGUGCUACGAAGCAUGCAAGAGGAUACUGGUAGAGGACAAAGAGGAAGCGUAGAAGACUCGAAUGAGAAAUAAAUUUAAGUUUUAUACUGCAUUUUGGUAGUAGCAGAGAGGAAAGAAACGGGAUAGCUUUUCUUUUGACACGGGCUUACUUGCCCUUUCUCUUUUUGAUUGCUGGAUAAUUUUUUUGUUCCUUUUCAUUUUGUGACUCAGUUGAGGGAGCCUUGUUUUUCUUGAGGUUAGAAUUUAUGUUCUGGAGGAUUAAUUUAAAUGCCAUUGAGUUUUCUUGUCAUGGAAGGAAUAAGCA